GUUUUAGAUACAAUUCAAUUUGAGGUGAUUGUCCGGAAAAUGCUCAAGCCGGAACUAAACCUCACGGAUUCAAGUAUUUAUCGCGUUCCUACGGCAGAUCCAAUCCAUUUGAUUCGAUUACUUUCCACUGCCUUACCACAUUUUUUCGAGAGAUUUCGAGGAAUAAGGCCCGACUGCACAUUCUUGUCUUGUUUUAUUCAAGAUUUAGCUAGUAUACGCUUAACGUGGAUGGACAUUACAGCCUUAGUUGGAUUAAUACUAAUGAUUCAUUUCAUCAGAGCAUUUGUUACGGGAGCGGCAAAGUCAUGGGUUGCUAGAAAUCAUAUCUUUCCACGAUAUGUGGAUAAGUUUCCAGAAUCAGUUUGGAAAGUCACUUAUUAUGGAUCAUCAUGGAUUUUUUCGUUAUUUGUUCAUACUUGCAUUCCUGAAGUGAAGUCUUUCAACGACCCGUUAUCGAUGUGGGAAGGAUGGUCUGAAGGGAUUCCGCCACCAAUCCAUCCAGCAAUCCUCUUAGUGUAUGCCAGUCAGACCGCCUUCUAUAUUCAUUCUAUCUAUGCAACAUUAUAUUUGGAUAUUUGGAGGAAAGACUCAUGGCUCAUGUUCAUUCAUCACUUCGUAACAAUCACAAUGCUUCUACUCAGCUACGUUGACAAUUUCACACUGUGCGGUGGACUGCUGCUACUUCUUCACGACAGUUCGGAUGCCUUACUGGAUUUGGCUAAAUUGGGAAUGUAUCUGAGGAGACGAAAAAAUGGCGACUAUUACAAGAUUAUUGAUAUUGCUGGGAGCACCAUAUUUCUAAUUUUCGUAGCAAACUGGAUACUUUGUCGUCUGUACUGGUAUGCAUGCAAGUUACUUUAUGGUACUCUUUAUGGAGCUAUUUACUUCGGACCCCAAGAUGCAACGUUUUUCCCGGUGCUCGGGGUUAUGCUAGUCAUGAUUUACGCACUCAACAUUUAUUGGUUUAAUUUUAUUGCGCGCAUGUUAUGGAGGGUAAUAACAACUGGAGAAGAGCCCGAAGACAAUCGUGAGUGGGACACCACUGCAGUGAGCGGUCUCUCACAAAGCUCGCUAGACGCGAUAGCAGAAAAGAAAAAACGAUGAUUGAAAUUGUUCCCAUUUGUUAAUCCAAGCAAAUUUUGUAUGUAUGUAUAAGAA